UAUAUAUAUAUAUAUAUAUAUAUGUAUAUCUACACCUUGGCACCAACUUUCUGCCCUAACAGUAUUGUUAUUCCUCUCGCCCUUCUACCCCUUGACCAGUCCUUUGGCUAAGCUUGUCAUCCCAUCUCCCCUCUCUUCGUCUCCACGGGGCUUCUUCGACCCUCUUGUAAAACUCCUCCUCUCCCUCUCCUCUCUCUCUUUUCUCCGUCCUGCCGCCGUCUGGUCGUCUCUGCUUCGCAUUUGCUUCUCGACUCUCACCACCAAAAACAUAACCUCACAUCGUCUCACAAUGGCGUCUCCCGUCGCCUCGGCCGCCCUGCGGUCUCGCGUCAAACGCGCAUCGUUGCUGAACAAGCUCUCCCGUCCCCAAGACCUCCUCCAACACUUCCCCAACGGCGCCUACAUCGGCUGGUCCGGCUUCACCGGCGUCGGCUACCCCAAGAAGAUUCCCACCUUCCUCGCCGACCACGUCGAGCAGAACAGCCUCCAGGGCCAGCUGCGCUACAGCCUCUUCGUCGGUGCCUCCUCCGGUGCCGAGACGGAGAACCGUUGGGCUGGCCUCAACAUGAUUGAGCGACGAAGCCCUCACCAGGUUGGCAAGGCCAUCUCCAAGGGUAUCAAUGAGGGCCGCAUCCACUUCCACGACAGGCAUCUGUCCCAGUUCCCCGUCGACCUCGUCUACGGCUUCUACACAAAGGAACGCCCCAACAAGAACCUCGACGUCGUCGUCGUCGAGGCCACCGACAUCAAGGAGGAUGGCAGCAUCGUCCCCGGCGCCUCCGUCGGCGCCACCCCCGAGUUGGUGCAGAUGGCCGACAAGAUCAUCAUCGAGGUCAACACCGCGCUGCCGAGCUUCGACGGCCUGCACGACAUCACCAUGACCGACCGGCCCCCACACCGCAAGCCCUACCUCAUCAUGGGCGUUGAGGACCGCAUCGGCCGCACCUCCAUCCCCAUCGACACGGAAAAGGUCGUCGGUAUCAUCGAGUCCGACUACCCCGACCAGACCGCCCCCAACACCCCGGCCGACGCCUCCUCGCGUGCCAUUGCCAGCCAUCUCAUCGAGUUCUUCGAGCACGAGGUCACCCACGGCCGCCUGCCAAAGAGCCUUCUCCCCCUGCAGUCCGGCAUCGGCAACAUCGCCAACGCCGUCGUCGGCGGCCUCAAGGACUCCAACUUCUGGAACCUCAAGGUCUGGACCGAGGUCAUCCAGGACACCUUCCUCGACCUCUUCGACUCGGGCCAUCUCGACUUCGCCACCGCCACCUCGGUCCGCUUCUCCCCCGACGGCUUCCAGCGCUUCUACGACAACUGGGACAGCUAUCACAACAAGCUGCUCCUCCGCAGCCAGAGCGUCUCCAACUCCCCCGAGAUCAUCCGCCGCCUCGGCGUCAUCGGCAUGAACACCCCCGUCGAGGUCGACAUCUACGCCCACGCCAACAGCACCUGCGUCUUGGGCUCCCGCAUGCUCAACGGCCUCGGCGGCAGCGCCGAUUUCCUCCGCAACGCAAAGUACAGCAUCAUGCACACUCCCUCCACCCGCCCCUCCAAGACGGACCCCCAUGGAGUCAGCACAAUCGUCCCCAUGUGCACCCACAUCGAUCAGACUGAGCAUGACUUGGACGUUGUCGUCACCGAGAACGGCCUCGCCGACGUCCGCGGCCUGAGCCCCCGCGAGCGCGCUCGCGUCAUCAUCAAGAACUGCGCCCACCCCAUCUACCGGCCCAUACUGGAGCGCUACCUUGACAAGGCCGAGUUCGAGUGCCUCCGCAAGGGCAUGGGUCACGAGCCUCACUUGCUCUUCAACACCUUUGACAUGCACAAGGCUCUCGUAGAGGAGGGCAGCAUGCAGAAGGUCAAGAGCUUCUAAGCUGGUGGUCCAUCAGCUGCACAAGAGCGCGCAACCGCAUUCAGUACGAAACAUGGCUUUGCAUCGGCGCAUUCAUGGCGUGCCUGGUGUUUUUCUUUAUUUUGGGAGCAUAGAGUAGUCUGGAAUUUUGAUAGGAAAAUGAUACCUCGCUGGACAAUGGAAAACCCUAGCAUACAUACAUGCAUA